CCGACAAAUUGGAAUGGAAUGUAAUUGGAAUUGGUAAGAAGGAAGUCGGAGUUCGGAUCUUUCUUUUUACUUGUAUUGUCAUAAAGAACGUGAAAUAAUUAUCAACAAUGACGAACUCAAAGGGUUAUCGUCGUGGUACGAGAGAUUUGUUCUCUCGAAAAUUCCGCAAAAGUGGAACCAUUCCCUUAUCGACGUACAUGAAAGUUUACAAAGUUGGAGAUAUUGUUGACAUUAAAGGUAAUGGAGCUGUACAAAAAGGUAUGCCUUAUAAGGUUUACCACGGCAAAACUGGCAGAGUCUUCAACGUCACUUCUCAUGCUCUUGGAGUAAUAGUUAAUAAACGUGUGCGCGGGCGUAUCAUUGCCAAACGCAUUAAUGUGCGUAUCGAGCAUUUGAAUCAUUCCAAGUGCCGUGAAGAUUUUGUUAAGCGUUUAAAAGAAAAUGAACGGCUUAGGAAAGAAGCUAAAGAAAAGAAAAUUCAAGUACAGUUAAAAAGACAGCCGGCACAACCUAGACCAGCACAUAUUGUUUAUGGAAAAGAAGCACCCCAACUGUUAGCGCCUAUUGCUUAUGAAUUUAUUGCUUAAUUUGUAAUAAAUUUAAUUUAUAAAAUC